AUGGAGCCUAAAAGUACAAUCUUUCUAGUUCUACUCCUAUCUUCAACCAUUCUCCAAUCUUCAUCCGCAAACCCAAACCGGUCCGAACUAGACCGGUUCAUCGAGUCAUCAUGCCAAACCACACGAUAUCCAUCACUAUGUGUGCAUACUCUCUCUGCUUAUGCCACCACGAUUCGCCAAAACAAUGACCAAGAUCUCGCCCAAACCGCUCUCACCAUCAGCUUGGCUCGAGCCAGAGCCGUUGCUAUAUUCAUAGCAAAACUAACCAAAGAAACGCAAAGUUUCAAACGUAGAGAGUAUUUAGCAAUCAAAGAUUGUAAUGAAGUGUUAAGCAAUAGCGUGGACCGGUUAGCUCAGUCGGUUAAAGAACUUGGUCGAGCUGGUCAUGCUGUGGCUAGUGAGGACUUCAUGUGGAAGAUGAGUAAUGUUCAGACAUGGGUUAGUGCCGCUUUGACGGACGAGACAACGUGUCUAGAUGGAUUCUCGGGUCGAGCCAUGGAAGGGAAAGUGAAGAGGCUGGUUCGGUUUAAAGUGGUUCACGUGGCUCAAGUCACUAGCAAUGCUCUUGCUUUGGUUAAUCAGUUUGCAGAGAAACGAAGUGUGAAGAUUCCCUAA